ACACAAAACUGGCAUCUGACAGAGCAGACACAAAACAAGAAUGAUGAAGGUCUUUUUGGUUCUGGUUCUUGCCGUAUUCACAGGUUGCCAAGCUAACUUGUUCUAUGCUGAUGAGCCCAAACCACAGCUGGAGCAGUUGACUGAUGCUUUCUGGGACUAUGUGGCCAAAGCAACACACACUGCUGAAGACACACUAAAAACAAUUAGAGAGUCUCAACUUGGACAGGAAGUCAAUGCUAGAAUUACAGAUGGUGCUAAUGUGGCCAGUCAGUAUGCUGUCACUCUUCAGAACCAAAUGAACCCUCUGGCCCAGGACAUCAUGGCCAAAAUCACCAAAGAGGCUGAACUUCUGAAGGAGCGUGUCGAGCUGGAACUGUCUACUGUAAAGGACAAACUGGAUCCCUAUUCUGAGGACCUGAAGACCCAAAUUCAGCAGAGACUGGAGGAGCUAAGAGCAGCUGUUGCUCCCUACGCCGAGUCCUUUGACUCUGAUGCUCUAAAAGCCACUGUGCUGCAGAAGACCCUUGAGCUCAGGGGAAGUGUUGAGGAGAAGGUUACAGAGAUGAAGUCCAAACUAGAGCCCUACACUGAAGAGCUCAAACAGAAAGUAGAUCAGCACCUGCAGGAAUUCCAGAAGACUGUGGCUCCUCUGACUGAGGAUCUUCAGGCCAAGGUUGCUGAGAGAGCUGCUUUGGUUCAGCAGGGUCUGGCUCCCUUUGCUGAGGACCUGAGAGAGAAACUCGACCCCUACGCCGAAAACCUGAAAGACCAGCUCACCUCUCUUUAUGACUCCUACAUCAGGACUAGUUAAAUACUCCAAACUUACUGGACUGUGUUUUCUUUUCUCACUUUAAAUAUUAAAUAUCAAAUAUUCAAUUCUAUAUUGCAUAUAAAAAAAUAACCAUACCCUAAACAAUGGACUUUAUCAGCUUUCUAGCAAUGUAGUGAAAUGUUCUUACAAGUGGAAGAAAUAAAUAUAAAUAUAUUUUAUUUGUAUAGUGCUGUGAUGUAGUGGUGUAUUAAUUGUAGAUAUUCUUUUUUGUGCAUUGUUCCCAUUUUUUAAAAUAAGUAAACUAUUUUUAACAUACCCCAUGCUUUCUCUUGUUUUUUUAAAUAAAUAUUGGAAAAACAUCUUUGCUAUUUUCAGCAAGUGCACUUGAUAGAUUUCUAACAAAAGUAAAACUUAUUUUCCACAUACACUGUACUUUUCCCAUGCUAAACCUAAAGGAUUGGAUUAAUCUUUGGGACUUAUGAUAUACGAAGUAUUAAACUAUCUAAUUGUGAGGUAGGUCAAAUAUGAAUCAUACACGUUUUAUUCAUUUGUUAAAGUCUUUUAAAAGAUUAAUUAAAAAUGUAUGAUUAUA